UAGAAAUCAAUCUGCCUAUAGAUCAGAACUCAUUCGAAGAUUAUGGGAUUUGCAUGAUAGGUCUAUCAUUCAAGUUCAACAAGUAUAUAGAAUAAUAGCAAUAAAAUUUGAACAAUUACAUCUUUCUGCCAGAUUAGACGAAUUUAACAAUCAAUAAUUGCAUACCUUAUUCAAAAUGCGAAUUGAAAUCGAUUUAUUGAACAUGAGCAGUUGUUGCUGUGCACGCGCCAAGUUAGAAAUGUUGUCGUUUAUCGUUGAGUAUGGAGCUAAAGGAUUGCCAAAUUCAGCGAAUUACAGCAUAUAGUAGUUGACUUAAAUACGGAAAGGAUUUCUAACUAUUUUAUAUUGUUCGGAUAAUAAUUCCCCUCUUAUUCUGUAUAAUGGAUACUCUUAAUACAAGGGAUAAACAUUUAAUCAAACAACAACAAUUGGCAAUUUUCCAGAAUCGAGCAAAAUUCUUACUUAAUGAUCACGAACGUUCGAAACUGUUACGGAUAAGUAAAAGGCAUCAUUCAAUGAAUAAUAUAAAUAGAUACGUUAAAGAAUUAUGCGAUUUACUGGAUACACCGGCUAAAAUGGACUUAUUCAAGGAUAUAAGAAAUUUUAUUCCCUUGAGGAAAAUAGAAGAAUUCGAUGCCUUAGUUCCUUAUGAAAGAAUGAUGAAUUCGAUCGAAGGAAGCCCCAUUACAAAUGAAACAAUUGUACCUAGAAGUUUACCAGGAUCAUUCAGUAAGAGAAGAAGGAAUAAUAAAGCUGAUAAACUUUACGACACCUUGCCAAUAAGGAAUGAGAAUAGGCUUAAUAGUUUACGACAAAUUGUAACUAAUGGUCCCGCUGAUCUUGUUAGUGAUAACGAUAUCAGGUCGUUUAAUAUACAAUUAACACCUGAUAAUGAUAUAUUAGGCAUAAGUAUACGCGGUGGUGUUGAAAAACAUCUGGGAAUUUACGUAAGUGAAGUGGAAAAGGAUUCAGCAGCUGAACGAGCGAGACUAAAAGUUGGCGAUCAUAUAUUAGAGGUUAAUGGUAUUAACUUUAAAUCGAUUACCAUAAGUUCGGCAAUUAACGUUCUAACAAAUCACAAUUUGUUGCGUAUGGUAGUUAGUAGAACUGGUAGAGUUCCGGCGUUUAGAAAGCGUAAAGUAAAAAUUGUUUGGUUUGAUACCAUAUCUAAUAAAAUAAUCGCCGAUGCGGGAGAAGAUAGAGAAAAUCUUUCAAAAGUCUUAAGUAAAGUUGAAAAACGGGUUCAUUUGCAUAAUCCAAAACACCAUCCAACGAGUGAAGACAAUCUAGGCUUUAAUAUUAGGGGUGGAAGCGAAUAUGGAAUUGGCAUAUUUGUUUCCAAAAUCGAUCCGGGAGGAAUAGCCGAAUUACAAGGACUAAGAUUAGGCGAUCAAAUAUUGGAGGUGAAUGGUAUUAAUACGGAUAAUUUAUCUCACAGGGAUGCCGUUUUACUGUUGAGAGAUCAAAGUCAAUUGGUUAUUAGAGUUAGAUCAGCCUGUCGAUUUCCUAUUUAUAAGGAAGUAAAUACCGAAUAUAAAUGGUUGGACGAAAAUGGGCUUUUGGCAGCAUCCCGUUCAUUCAUUAAAUCUAUCCCUGUACAAACGCCGAACAAUGAGAGAAGUGAUAAAAUUCGUUCAGCAUCAUCAUCACAAAAACUGGCAUCAUUAAAGUCUUUUACGCCGUUAAUCAAACCCAGGGACGAAUCCGGGACAAGCGACGAAGACUUUAGCUUAUUUACACCUAAAAGCGAAGAUGAGCAAGCAUUUAAACAGUCGACCGAUUCCGGACUCUAUCUAUCUAAAAGAGAUUAUGAUAGCGAUUAUGUAGAUUCAGUUUCGUCUGUAUGUUCUGAUGGGCUGGAUACAAGGUCAUCUAAUAUCCUUCCAAGUCAUCAAGCAGCGUUAGACGCUUCAACAAACAGGUUACCUGUUAGAAAGAAAUCUUUAAAAAAGAAAUUACUCAAUUCUCUUAAAUUAAAAAAAAAACAGGAUAGAAAUUCAUCAAAGUUCGUUAAUAACAACUUAACUUAUGAAGAUAGGGGAACAUCUCCUAUAAAUGAUCUUUUAGAUGUUGCAUCGUCACACGGAAAAGGCUCAGCAACCUCUCCACUUGAAAUACCUAAAUUAAGGGAAAGGCGAUUAAGCGUUUUAAACGACUCUGAAAUCAUAUCUCAUCCUGACACUUCCUCAGCAAAACACGCCGUAGAAAUUGAUAGAAUGAAAAGUCAUUCAAAGUAUUACAGAGCUCACAACGUACAAGACACUAGCCAGACUGCUAUUCUCGACGAGAGAUCCCCAACGCCCAGCGUCGACCUUACAGAAACUCUGACAGCGGAUGACUUUCACCCUACAUACAACGAAUUAUUAGAUGCAUUAGUUUCACAGUCUGAUGAUGAUACAGAAGAUAUAUUUAUAGAAGACCAAUCGGUUAACGCCAUCUAUGAAGAUAUUCAAGAUUCCAAUAGAAUAACUACUGUUGCAACUAUAGAAAAUCAUAUUCCAAUUGAAAAUGGCAAGAAAUGCGACGAAAAUAAUUUUCCAAAUGAAAUUUUCGAAGGUCUAGAUGAAAAUGAACCAGUAACAUCCCUUAGGGCGAUAAGGGGGAAAAGGAGACCUAAAUUCUUGAAUGAUACAUUUAAAACUGAAAAUAAUUCUAUAGAGAGGGAUUUAGAAGAGCAUUUUGAAAAAAUAUCAAUGGAUGAAAAGAAUACUAUAACAAAGCAAAGAUUAUCAAAUAUGUCUGCAAAUUCCGAAAUAACACUAGAAAAUGAAAUAGUCGAAGUACACUGCCCUAAAAAAUUUUCCACCAAUUCCAGGAUAAUACAAAUCUGGAAAAUUAAGCCAACUUUAGGCAUAAGUAUUUCUGGAGGAAAAGAUAGUAAAAUACAGCCGGAAGUAAGAAUACAGCGUAUAUACGAAGGUGGUUCAGCGGAGGCAUCAGGAGAAUUGAAAGAAAAUAUGGAAAUCGUUUCGGUUGAUGGGGUUAAUCUAAGGGAAAAAACGCAUAUUGAAGCUGUAGAACAUUUCAGAACAUCGUUCUUAAACUCAAAGACGAGUUAUUUGAAUUUUGAAGUGAUUCUGUAAAAUGAAUAGAAAUUUAAAUACUGUAAACUGUGUACAUUCCAUUAUUUAUACAUACAGAAACGCUUAACUUUAUGGAAAGAUGUGUUUAUUAUAAUUAUUAUUAUUAUUACCAUUAUGCUAUAUACACUACGUACUAUACUUUAAGAGGGAAAAGAAGGGCAGAGUGAUAUAGGGAGAGAAAGAGAGAAAGAAGAUUGAAGCGGAGACAACAAAGGAAUGUUAGAGAGAAUUUUCCAAUGGAAUUAAGAUAAAGAUAAAUAGAUUUAUUAUAGUAAAAGAAGAAAUGCUAAAUUCUAAACAGA